UUUUUUUUGUUUUUUUUCUUUUGUUUUACGAACAGUUACUGUUUCCUACCCCUCCAUCUCAUUACACUUAUUCCACUUCAUUCCAUUCCAUUUGUGUCUGUGAAUGGCAGAUGUGCUCAUGUCUCGUCCCUCGUCGGCCACGUUAGACACAGUGUCCCUAUCGAAAAAUUCCAUAACAGGCCCAUUCUCGCCUUCUCUAAGUUUUACUCAACAACUUUGUGUGCCUAGUUCAAUUACCGACAGUGCAAACGCUUUGAUCCUUACUCUAAAAACGAACAGGAUCCCUACUACUGCUGCAGCGCAUGGUAUUAGACAGAGUUUCGAUUCAGGGGGAGCAAUUACGAGCAGCAGUGACAAUGAUCUCAGUUCCAGUUCUGGAGAUAUUCCUAGCUCAAGACCUAGUCCAUUAUCUAUUCCAGAGAUUCUUCAAGAAAUAUGUCUAUAUCUUGAUAGAUCAGCAUUGAACUAUGCAAGCCGUGUCUCCAAGCAGUUCAGAGCAUGCAGUGCACCAUUACUCUGGACAAGUAUUCCUCUACAGGCGUGGGAGAAUAAAUUUUUCCAGGAAAACUGGCACCACCAUGGGUCACAAAUCUUGUCACUUCAUUGCGGACCAGGCACAGACCUUGGACGUGUGAGCUUGUAUUGUCGCAACUUGGUAGUACUGGACGUGUCCCGAAUCCGCAAUUCGAUCAAAGAAAGGGCCGAUGCCAAUAAUGAUAAUGGUGGUCGCAUUCAUCGUCAACAAAGCGUCAUUACUACUCCAAGAACAACUGAGAAUGGAAGAAAACCGACGAUGACUAUGACUAUGACUAAUCAUAUUGCUACCACGUCGCCACCAAAAGAGACCUACGACUCGUUCCUCCAAAUGGCGGACGAUCUUGUACAAGUCAUCAGGGCCAAUAAGGGCUUGCGCUCAUUGCAAUUAGAACCUCAGGGGAGAUUCCCUCCUCACUUAUUGAGCGCGCUUUCCCAGCUGGAUAACCUUGAGAUGCUGUCGUUGAAUGCAUGGAGGGAUUUUCAAGAAUACUCGUUACAAUUAAUCAUGGAAAUGUGUCCAAAGCUAUUUCAUCUCUCAUUGGGCGAAAACGAUUUUACACAAUUCACUCUUCGAGCUCUCUUUGAUUCAGAUCAGUCACGGCUCCACAAGCCAAAGUUGAUCGGCACAGCACCUUCCGAGACACAUAUCCUAUUAGAGAGGUAUGACGACCCAAUCAAAGGGCGAAAUGGGUCAGCAAUGCCUCAGUAUCAAGAUCCGCUAGAAAUAUAUAGUAAGAGAGCUGCUCUUUAUACCACAACCUUUAUACAGGAUCCAGCAUUAGAUUUGUGCCCAAUGACUCCUACAAUAGCUAUGACUCGUCCUCAAGAUCAGCACCAUAUGCAUCAACUAAGCAUGAAGGGGCAAAACUUACCCAAUACCCUACAGAGCCAGAUCAGAUCGCUCUCUCUACAUCAAGCAGGCCUACGUCAAGAAUUCCUCGUCAAUCUAACACGCCAAUGCCCUCAUUUGCAACACCUUUCAUUACUGGAUGGAUGGGGGUUUUAUCCAUCCUCGCGUUUCGCAUCCAUUUUGUCGCAAGUCUGCCCUAAUCUUUCCAAAAUCGAGUUUCGAGGACAAGCCAUGGAUCUUCAGGAUGAAUUCUUUGUCUCGUUGUGCCGACACAAUCCUCAGUUACGAUGGCUUCAUGCUGGGGGAACAGGAUUUACUCGAGGCGCGUUGGAUGCAGUCCGAAUACAUUGUAAAGACAUUGUGAGUUUGAAUCUAGACGGCACUCGUGGUAUCCAGAGCCCAUCUUUAGACCAUUUGCUUCGAACAUGUGUAUCACUCAAGGCUAUAAGCGCGCAGGGGGUAGUGUUGAAUGGUCGCGAUGUAGGAAAUCAAGGUACAGAGAUGUGGGCAUGUCGAGGACUGGAGACGUUGAGGCUAGACAUCGAGAUUUAUGCCUUCACCCCUGCCUCUGCUGUUGCUCCAACGGAAGCAGAGCUUGUGUUCGAUAGUGUCAAAAAUGUACGCAAGCGUGUAUACGACCAGCUAGCAGCAUUAACGAGGCUGAAAGUAUUGGGUUUAGGGGGGGGGCAUCGUGUAGGGGGGGCGGAAGCAGGUAUAGAUUUGACAUUAGAGAGUGGUCUGGAGGCACUAGACACAUUACAUUGUUUAGAAAGAUUGGAUUUACGAAGGAUGGUCAAGACGCUGGGAUGGGAGGAUGCAGCAUGGAUGAUUGAACAUUGGCCACGCCUGUGCUUCAUAGACGUGAGUAAAGAUCGAGCCUCUUAUAGUCGAGGAUAUGAAAAGAUUAAUAAAGCAAUAGAAUGGCUAUCCCAAGUCCGACCAGGGAUGGGUAUAUGCCUGUAUUAA